AUGGAGGAUGCCAUUGUUGUUGACUUUGUGUUCGAACUUCCGGCAACACAGUGUGCUCCAGCUGAGGGGAAUCUUCAGUUGCUCAGAAAUGACCACCUCUGCCUGCUAUAUACAGGAUUGAACUUAGAAGCUUUUAAUACAUUAGCUGAAAACCUGACAAAGGAAUACUGCUCCUCACAGCUAUCCCCCAGAGAUCAGCUCUUGAUGACUCUGAUGAAGCUCCGGAUUAAUUUACUCCAGGGUGACCUAGCGGAAAGGUUUGGCACAUCACAAUCUCAUUGUAAAUUUACCUCCUGUUGGUUUGACUUCAUGGAAGAAAACAUGAGAUGUUAUGUACCAUGGCUGCCCAGGGAGACAAUUCAGGCAACGUUGCCCCAAUGCUUUCAGGAACAUUACCCCAAAGUGACAUGCAUCAUUGACUGCUCCGAGACCCCCCUUCAGAAGCCACACAACCUAGACUCAAGGGGUCACUAUUACGGCCAGAACACCAUCAAAUACUUGGUGGCAGUUGCACCAUGUGGGCUCAUCAUGUUCAUUUCGCCCGCAUACGGAGGAAGAUGCAGUGAUAAAUUCAUAAUAUCAGAUUCAGGUUUUCUGGAUUGCCUUCGCCCAGGUGAUGAAGUUAUGGCAGACAGGGGGUUUGUCAUCCAAGACCUCCUGUAUGAAAGGAAUGUGAAGCUCACCCUGCCAGCGUUCACCAGGAAAGGCAACAAGAUCACCACCACAAGACGCAUCGCAAACGUACGUGUCCAUGUUGAACGUGUCAUACGUAGACUAAAAAACUACAGAAUUAUUUCUCAAACAGUCCCGAUUAAUCUGGCCCCUAAAUUUGAUAAGAUCCUGAGAGUUUGUGCAGCCCUGAGUAACCUACGUGGUGACAUAAUUAAUGACCCAGAAGAUCGUUAA